UUCGGAUCAAUGAAUGAAUGAAUGAACUGCUGUAACUGGCCUUAGCAAUGUUAGCUCAAGAUUUCCUGAAGAAGGAUGAUCGUGGCUUUCUAUCAACUUCUUCCUCCAAGUCAGCAUUUUACUUCGGUCUGUUAGUAAUUGCCAAAUUUCUCCGCUGUAUUGGAAUAUUUAUUAUUGACAUAUUAGCUAAGCAAGUUCAUGUCGUUGGACUACUUUGGCUUUUCAAACUGGUUGCUUCGUGUAUUCUUAUACCGUUUCAAAAACCAUUCAAUCAUGGAAAGUCACUGAAAAGGGUUUUGGGCAUCAGAAUUGUGCAGCUAGCGGUAUGGAAUUGCUUAAUCGAAAUCACGUGGUUCUAUGGUAUUACUUUUUGUGGACCUUUGAGAUCCAUAUUGGUAUUCGAGCAAAGUCCAUCGGUUAUAAUGGUUGCUUUGCUAACUUUAUUGAAAGGAAGCAAUUCAUCAUCGAAGACUCGCGGAGUGAUUGCGCUGUUAUUGGGUUAUCUUUCCUUAGUUUUGAUGGACAGCGAUGCUACUGUGGAAUCAAAUCACAGGUCAUCACAUAGUCAUCAAAGCGUUCUGAAUCAUUUGUUUUAUCAUUUUAUGCAUAAUUCAGGAGUUUCGGACCAUAAAGGAGGUAUCAUUUUGUUGGUCUUUGCGGUCUUGAUAAAAAUGGCAUACGAUUCAUCAUUCCGCCAUCUAGCGGUUGAAAUUGGUGGUCCAAAAAGGCUCUACUCAUUGGUGACACUUUUCUCUGCGAUAUUUUUAGCACCAGUGGCAAUUCUUGCUUUCGCCAUGGGCGAAGCAUAUAUUACUUCUUUUGUCGACUUUCUUCUUUUAUUGUUUAUCGGAUCGACGUUCGUUAUGGUUUUCGAUUUCUACACGGAGUCAUUUUGUUUUCAGCAUGUAGCUGAUCCGGUGUUAUCAUCAGCACGAUGGAGUCCAAUGAUAAUGUUUGUUUGUGCCUUUAUGUUCGCUUCAGCUUGGUACACGGGUGAAAGUCAUUAUGCACUUGACGCUCACGUUAUUUCAGGCGGAGUAUUGUUGACGCUGCUUUGUUUCAUUAUUGCUUGUUUCUCCUUAACAUCCUCUGCUAAUCCACGUUCCAGAGGUGGAUAUUAUGUUGGGUUAUCGGAUAGUGGAAUACCACUAUAUACUUAUGGUGAAGCAUUUUUGCAAAAAACUUCAAGAUCAAUAGUACUGUUGUUCAAAGAAACUCUAGCGGAAAUAUUGAUGAACACUGAUUCGCGUAGAAUUUUUUGGUUCCUCUGUGCUAAUUUGUCGUUUUGUGGAAUUGAAUUUUUGUACGGCUUCUGGACGAAUAGCCUUGGAUUAAUAUCCGAUGGUUUUCAUAUGCUUUUCGAUUGUUCUGCACUUGUAAUGGGUCUUGUUGCUUCUGUGAUGUCACGCUGGCCUUCUUCAAAAUAUUAUUCUUAUGGAUACGGGAGAGUUGAAGUACUAUCAGGGUUUAUAAACGCUUUGUUCCUCAUUGUUAUUGCUUUUUUUAUAUUUCUGGAAGCGCUGGAACGAUUGUACGAUCCACCAGAUAUCAGUACUGAUAAACUAAUGAUAGUAGCAGUUGCUGGUUUAAUAAUAAAUAUAUUUGGUAUGUUCGCAUUUCACGGUGCAACACAUACACAUUCUCAUGGUGAUGAUGGCGGUCAUUCGCAUAACGAUGCCUCGCAUUCACAUUCGCAUUCACAUUCACAUUCACAUUCUCAUUCUCAUUCGCAUUCACAUGGAGAAGCAAAUGCUAAUAUGCAAGGUGUUUUUCUACACGUCCUUGCUGAUACACUUGGUUCAGUGUUUGUGAUAAUCAGUACUCUUAUGAUUCAAUAUUUUGGUUGGAAAUGGGUCGAUCCAUUAUGUUCAUUAAUUUUAUCGAUGCUUAUUCUUAGUUCAGUAACACCAUUGCUGAAACAAUCGAUGGCUACGUUGAUGCAAAACAUGCCACCCCAAACAAAAGAAGAGUUUGAACACAUUUUACAUGAGAUUUUAAACAUCGAGGGUGUGAAAUCCUAUUCUAAUAUUCAUUUAUGGCAACUCAAAUCUGUUUUCAAUGUGGCAUCUCUGCAUGUUCAAGUGAAUGAUGAUGCAAAUGAUCAAAUUAUACGGUUAAAAGUUUUGAAAAUUUUAAAAUCGAUCAAUAUCACGCAAGCAUCAGUUCAGAUUGAAAAAGAAAGUUUUUUCCGCCAGAUGUCUGCUCUUUGUCCAUCGUAUAAAAUUCCACAGCGCGUAACAAAAGGUAUUUCAAUUGGUCACACUUCUGCUUCCACUGAUUGCUCUCAUCACAGUGAAAAAUGUGAUGGAUCACAUAGUGCAGCACAAGUUAUGGAUGGAACAGCAAUGAAGGGCUAUCUGCAGCAUGGAAAUAGUAGCCACUUUUGCUCUGAAGCAUAA